AUGGUUGAUUCCUUGGCAGAUUUUGUGCCAUUUCAACUAGUUGAACUAGCUGAACUGGUGGUAACGGUUGCACUAGUGGAGUUGGAUGCACUGCUAGAACUAUUGGUUGAUACCUUGCGGGUUGAUAACUUAUUGUGGUGCUUUAACCCUCUUGUUCAUACUUGGCAGUUGAACGUGCUUCACAGGAUCAGGGAAGUGAUGGAUGAAUACAGCAAAAAGAUUUGCAAAUUGUGGGAAGUUCUGAUGCAGCCACUAUGUGGCGGCCUUGGUUUGGCUAAUGAAAAUGCUCUUCAUGAGGCAUUGGGUGGAGAGAGGAAGGAGAUUCACUUCACCAUAAACUACUACCCUCCCUGCCCUCAGCCAGAACAGGUGUUGGGCAUCUCAGCUCACUCUGAUGUGGAUGCACUCACAAUUCUCCUUCAGGACCAAACCCCAGGCCUGCAAAUUCUCAAGGGCGAUGCAUGGCUUGAAGUUCCCUGCAUCCCAGGUGCUCUUGUUGUCAAUAUUGGUGAUCAAAUUGAGUUUAACGUCACUGUUAUUUUUGCAAGGCAGAUAUUGAGCAAUGGAAAAUACAAAAGCAUUGAGCAUAGGAGUUUUGUUCAUAAAAAUUGUGUGAGGAUGUCAUGGCCCAUGUUCUGUACUCCGUCUCAAAAUAUAAUCAUCUCACCUCUCAAAGAAUUGAUAAGUAAAGAGAAUCCUCCGUUGUAUGCAGCAUCGUCUUACCAAGAGUAUCUGGAGCAGUUUUUCUCCAAAGGAUUGAUUGGCAAGGAUCAAAUCAAUGAACUCAAAUAUUCAUCUGCAUAG